AUGACGACGCAAAAGAUGAUAAUGUACUUUGACAUGGACUCUGUCUAUGAAGACCAACUGGACGACAUUAACCCCAGCGAUGGUCAUCAUGAUUAUCAUGAUGAGAACUCCACCAUUGCUUCUGUUGACAGCAAUCACCAUAAUGGCAACAGAAUCGUCAUCAUCGACAAUGAAGCUGAGAAUGAUGAAGGAGUCGACGAGAGGGACACUGAACAAAAGAAAACUAGUUCAGUGAAUGCCACCGCUCAGCUAUCGGAACCCGAUCACCAUCAAUGUUCUCCAGGAAGUCAGACGGUUCGAAAACGAAAACGUGCCAUCACAGAAUCAUCAUUCGAAACGGACACCUUUGAUGUCAAGAAACCAAUCUUCAAUUUGGAGAUGAUUCCUAGAAACCCGCUGAGUCAAAGUUGCAUGAAAGCCAGUCGCAAGUCUCAGGAAGCAUCAGCAUCAGCAUCAGCAUCAGCAUCAGCAUCAGCAUCAGCAUCAGCAUCAGCAUCAGCAUCACCACCACCUGCGAGAUCACCAUCAAGAACGUCAUGCUGGAACAACAACAACAAGGUUGCCAGAAAGCGUUUCGAUUUGCAUAGAGGAAUUCACAGAGUAGAAGACGGCCAUGGCGUAAAGCAAGGCAAUUGGGUAUACGACUAA